ACUCGGCACGUGUACGUUGAAUAGGUUCCCAGAGGGGAGCGUUGAAUAAAAAAGUUGUAUAAUCUUGGAGUGUGGCAGUGCCUGAUCUACAUAAUGGUAAGGGACCGUCAAGGACGGGGCAAGUGGUCGGGGGUGGGGUGGUGGCCGUAUGUGUGUGUGUGUUUGUGUGUGUGUGGCGGGGGGACAAAGUGUAUGGCUCCGAGAAGGAGGGGUAAAAAAGGGAGGGAGGAGGGGAAGCUGACAUCUGCCGCUCCUCUUCUCUGAGACCCCAGGGUGGAUCAUGUUGCCAGGUCCUGCUAUUGACGUCUGGAUUGCAGCCAUCUGCGUCCUAACUGACGCACAAUACGCGCCCGGUGGCUUUAAAAAGGGAGAGACGGCGAACAUCAAAUCAGAAAAGUCUCGAGGAAGGACUUCAGGGAAUGCAACUUGCUCUUUCUUAACCCUGAGACGUUUCAGCAAAUCGACACACAACUACUUUAACUGGACGUCAACCGCACCAUGCCAAAGGGUUUCCUAAUAAAACGCUCCAAAAAGGUAGGAGCUGUAUCCUACAGAGUGCGGGACCAGGAUGAGUCGACUCCGAAUGUUCUCCCGAGUCCAAGCCUUCACUAUUUCCGCGGUGAAUCUCUUCCAUCCGUCAUUGUUCAACGGACUCUGAACCGAAUGUGUUUGGGGGGUUUGCCUGAAUCAUUCUGCUCUCCGUCGCUCAGUCCGACUCUUCCAGACGCCGAGGGUUACGCAGACCAAUAUCCAUUAACACACCACAAUGAUCAGGGUUCUGCUGAUUUAUUAAGUCAGCCUGAGCAUUUCCUCGAGCCAGUUCUCGGUGGCUUUGCGGUUAACGGGUCUCCGGUAUCACCGAGUCUUCCUGAAACGAGCACGAAAGUCGACUCCGUCAAUAACUCUGCAAAACGACCCGCACCGAGAUCAAACUCCAAAAGCAACCAAUCCAAAAAGCACAAACCUUCUCAGGAGAGAAAAGCGGUUAAUCGAGACGAAGUUACCACCUCUCCUGUUCUAGGUCUGCGCAUUAAGGAAGAUCCUGUUGAAGACUCGAAGCAGAAGGCGAGUAGACAUCUAGGUGAGUUCAUCUGCCAGCUGUGUAAAGAGAGAUACUCGGACCCUCUCAGUCUGGCGCACCACAAGUGCUCGCGUAUUGUGCGCGUCGAGUACCGCUGCACCGAGUGCGACAAAACCUUCAGCUGCCCGGCAAACCUGGCGUCUCAUCGGCGCUGGCAUAAACCCAAAGGAGAAGAAAAUCAACCAAGUACGAUGAGCGGAUCGAGCGCCACGACUCAGUCCGAGAACUCCGACUCUGGCUCUGAGGAUGAAGCGCUGUUCAAUUGCACUCAGUGCGCCAAAAAGUUCCGGCGACAGGCUUACCUGAGGAAACACCUCGCUCUUCAUGAACGGAAAGCUGCAGGUUUACGACAAGAUCUCAACCUCUCAAGGCUGACCGAGUCUAUCGUCCUGUCAAAGGAAGAGUCUCGGGAAUUUUCCCGGAAACCUCCGAGUACAGCGCGAGCUACCAAAACGCCCGACGUGUUUCCGUGUCGGUUCUGUGCAGAGAACUUCUUCUCCUCACCAGGGCUGACGAGGCACAUCAACAAACAUCAUCCGACAGAAAGCAGACAAAUGAUUUUACUCGCACACAACAUUUAAGCACAGAUGACUGAACUCGUGAACUGUGAUUAAUCCGGGGGGGAAAAAAAUAAUUUAUUUUAUUAAUACAAGAUGUGAGUUGACUCAUGAAAAAAAAAGUUGUAGUUUAUAGACAUUAUGUACAUCUGUGUUUUGGAUAAAGCUGUAUUUAUUUAUUUAUAUAUCAUUUAUUUAUUGGUUUAUUUAUUAAAUGUAUUUAUUUGAUAUUUGUACUUGGUUUUUUUGUUUGUUUUAUUUUUAAUGAUUGUGGGGUGCCUACAUUUUAUCAUUUUCUUGAACACAUCUGAAUCAGGUUGAAAUUGUUGUUAAACAAAUG